AUGGCCUGGGAGGAUUUGAACCAGUGGCGUGAACUGAGUGCAAAUCCCGAGGCAGGAAGCGGGGGUGUAGACUCCUGCACUUGCGAUGCCUUUUUGCCAAGUUCUACAUCUCCCUUUAAAGAUCUGGUGGCGGUGGAGCAGGCAGCCGUGCAGAUAUGGCACAAGCUAGAGCUGGAGAUGGGCAAGAUUGAGGACUAUGAAAGUAAAAUGACACAAUAUGCAGAAAAGAUCAUCGAGCUGACAAGAGAAAUCGAGAUACUGGAACAGAAUCUUGAUGCGAACAGUGAGGCCACUUUGGAGAACAUGGAGGUGAAGAUUAAACAAGUGGAGGCUCUGAUUGAGGAGCUUCAGCUUUCAUUCAAAAGCUCUACCACCGUCUUCCAAUCUCUUCACCAAGAGAUCACAGUUAUGGUGAAAAGCCUAGACAAGGUGGAGAAGACCCACGACAAGAAUUUGGUUCUAAAAACACGCCGAGAGUACAUAAAGAUCCAAAUAGAGCUGGAAGAGUGUGAAAGACGCUACCAGGAGAUUUUCAACCCCAAUAUUGGUUCCUGCGAUCAUACAGGAAUCACCAAACUCAGCAAGCCUAUUGUGAGUCACCUUAAUGCACAUCUAGGCACCAGCCAUAUUUAUGGAGGCUGGGGCAAAGAUUCAAAACCAAUUCGUGACAGGGAAUCUAUGUACUGGUACUCUGGAGCCACGUCAAUGAAUCUUUACGACAUUAGGUUCUACACUGAUUACAAAAAUCUGCUUUUAAGAAACCCUUUCCAUCAUCACACCCUGUCAAGUGAAUGGCGCGGUCUCGGAAGCAAUUAUAUAGUUCGCGGCAACACCCUAUAUUAUCAGAACUACAAUCCGUUUGGGUUAGCAAAAUAUAAUUAUACCAGUAUGAGAUAUGAAUCCAGGGUGAUUCCUGGGACAAGCUCUUCAUUUUCCUAUGCCAAUUACCCUCAUCAGAUCUUCGAUUUUGCCUCCGACGAGAACGGCCUUUGGGUGACGUAUGCCACGGAUCAGUCAAACGGCAAGAUGGUCCUUGCUAAAAUCAAUGAAAAUUCUUUUGGGAUUGAGGAAAUAUGGCAGACCAGUGUCUAUAAACCAGGUAUUAACAACAUUUUCAUGGUGUGUGGUGUUCUUUAUGCUGUCAGGACAGUCGACAUUAAAAAUGAGGAGAUAUUUUACAUGUUUGACACUAAAACCAAAGAAGAGAAGUACGUUAGUAUAAUUUUUGAGCGCUUCCAGGAUAAGUAUUCCAACCUGGACUACAACCCAACUGAUCAAAAGCUGUACAUGUACAACGGCGGCUACUACGUUACCUACCACCUAUGGUUUAAUCACACAGUUAAGGCCACAGAGGAACCCUCUUUUCGUCAAACCAGCUCGGAGAUAACACCUAUUUGA